UUUUGUCAUUCCUUAGUUAAACUUGAUCCAAACUCGAUCCGUCCUAGGUAUCACUAACCAAUUAACUUAAGCCUCCCCUCCAUACAUAUAGGCAACAAUUUUUUACCCGCGCGUGGAGGAAUGAGGACUGUGUCUUUGAUCAGAGGGAUCAAUUCCCAGGGAAUGGAGGGAAGAAUUUGUAUUGGCAGCAAUGCCAAACAGUUGUUUCGGAGUAACCGAUUCAUCCUUCUGUUGUUGUUAAUCACUUUCUGGACUUAUGCUGCAUUCUAUGUCCAGUACUACUCUCGGUCGUCGUCUCGCAAGGGUGACAACGAAGCUUUCCUUGGCCGUGAACGAAUGCGCAAGCAAGACUAUCGUGUGAACAACGCUGUAUCCGAAGAGAACUAUCGUAGACAACGCGCAGUUCCGAACGAGAAUCCUUCGGUUGUCGUGAGUGGAAAAGUUUUAAUUGGUGGAUUGAGAAGAAACAGUACUAGUUAUGGAUUGGUAAUGGGUCCGUUUGAUUCGACAGAGGACAGGAUUCUGGAGAAGAGACCGACGGGAGGCUGCGACAAGAAUGGGGAGUUUGCGAGGGUGGUUCGGGGGAGGAAGUUUGUAGUGGUGUUGCACGAGCUCACGAUGACCGGAGCACCGAUUUCGAUGAUGGAGUUGGCGACGGAGCUCUUGAGCUGUGAGGCCGCGGUUUCUGUAGUUGUUCUUAACAAGAAGGGCGGCUUGAUGGCGGAGCUUGUGAGGAGAAAGAUCAACGUGGUCAAAGAUAAAAAGAUUGUCAGCUUCAAAACUGCUGUGGAGGCUGAUGUUGUCAUUCCUGGAUCAGCCGUCUGUGCUUCUUGGAUCGAGCAAUACAGGGCCCAUUUCCCGGGAAGCCAAAGCGAAAAUAUUGCGUGGUGGAUAAUGGAGAACCGAAGGGAGUACUACGAAAUGUCGAAACAUGUUCUAAACAGAGUGAAAAUGCUGAUAUUUCUGAUUGAACCACAAUCGAAACAGUGGCUAGCUUGGUGCGAAGAAGACAACAUCAACCUCGAUUCUCAAGAGAUUUCGGUGGCUCCCCUCUCCGUAAAUGACGAACUGGCUUCCGUAGCAGGGAUUUCUUCCUCUUCUUCUGGCCCUGAAGUCAUGCUUGACAAGAGGAAGGAGUUGAGAAAGGCAGUUAGGGAAGAGAUGGGAUUGAGAGACAGUGAUGUGGUUGUGAUGUGUUUGGGGAGCAUUAAUCCUUCAAAAGGCCAGCUUUUGUUUCUUGAAUCUGCUCAAAUGGUGGUUGACAAAGAACUUCCUAGUGAAGCCAACAUAAGAGAAGUGGUAUCCGAGGGUGAACGAGAACUGCAGGAACAGACGCUCAAAAUUCUAAUCGGUUCGCUUUGGUCUAAGAGCAACAAGCGGGAAUAUGUCGAAGCAAUGCUCAGAAUUAUAUAUCAGCAUCCAAACCUAUCCAAGUCGGUGUUGUGGACUCCGACAACUACGCGCGUUGCCGCACUUUACUCUGCUGCAGAUGUUUAUGUGACCAAUUCCCAGACGAAGUUUGGGGAAACAUUUGGGAGAGUGACGAUUGAAGCAAUGGCAUUUGGUUUACCGGUCUUAGGAACAGAUGCUGGAGGCACUGCAAAUAUUGUUGACCAUAACAAAACGGGUCUCCUCCAUCUCCUGCGGCACCCGGGCAAUCAAGUUCUUGCUCAAAAUCUUCAAUUUAUGCUUGAAAACCCUUUAGUGCGGAAGGAGAUGGGGGCGAGGGGAAGAGAAAAGGUAGAGAAGAUGUACCUGAAGCGGCACAUGCUUGAGAAAUUAGCAGGUGCUAUAUCUAGAUGCAUGACCACAAUCUAAGUAUCUAAUGUCAAUGUACCAUGGAUACCGAUACACAUCUACAAUGCGGAUAUGGCAAUACAAGAAAUUGUUGGAAUUGAAUUUAGAGUUAGUGAUUACAUUAAAUACAUGGGUAACACAAAUUCAUGUAUUAGGUACAUAGAAAGAGUCUAAGUGUGUUCGAUGUAUGUCAUGUAUCACCCAUUUAGUUUUGAAGUGAGACAAUCUUUUUGGGACGAAAAAAAGUGCUAA